GAGGCCCAAAUGUCCAACGGCAUUGAACGCAGCACUGCAGUGUUGGCUGGAGCGGUGUCCCGUUUGAGGACAGUCUGUGAACUCGGGAGGGGAAGUGCAGCUCCGUGGAAAAACUCCCAGGAUUUACACUCUGCCAUUUUGAGUAAAAAACGCGGCCGCUGUCGGAGCUCAGACGUGUCCAUCCAGUAGCUGACAUGACGCGGAUGAAGGAGCUCCAUCGCUGAAUUUAUGCAGAGGUUUUGGUUAGAAGACGGUUAAUCUGAACGUUUCCGUCAUGUGUUCCACAAAACAGUCAAACUGGGUCACGUUUGAUGAUGACGGCGUGCCGCCCCCAUCGCCUCAAAAGUCCCUGGAUUUGCCAGGCGUCAUCACAGCGUCUGUACCAUGUCCCAAUGGUGUGAAGUUAGAGUUUCCUUCAAUCAAAGAUACCUCUUGGAGCUUCAGUAGCCCUCAACAUUCUUCUCAAAGCCGCCCAAGACCGAGACGACAGGCAUCUGCUCCAUGUGGGUCCGCCCUUUCCGCUGCUUUGUGUAGAAUUCCCAGCAGUGCCUCCUCAUCACACUCCAACAAGAGCACGUUCUCCAAGAGCUUCUCCUCAUCAGGCAACUGCAUGUCAUCUUCUGCAUCAGAGUCACCGAACCACUCCUCAGAUGAGCCAAGCCCUUUCCCCUCUUUCCAGGGAAACUUGGGACACUACAACCCUUUCUGGGAGGAUUCGGGAAACGGCGCAGAUGCGGGCAGCUCUUCCUCGGACUCGGACACGAACAAUAGCUUGCCGAGAUUCUUCAUUCGCACUAAAGAUGGCAGGGAACCUCCUCGGUCCCCGCUCCAGAACUCUUUCUCCUACGUUUGCAACAAACUGGAAAACUUGCAAGCUGGCGCAGAUGACAAACUGGAAGUGACUGAGGAGAGGCGGCUCAGCGGCAGGACUGAGGUGUUGAGAGAGGGUUCGUCUCAGUUUGCUCCUCGAGGUCUGUUCCGCAGUAAGAACCAAGAUGGUUGGCCCAUCAUGCUCAGGAUUCCUGAAAAAAAGAACCGCAUGUCCUCCCGACAGUGGGGGCCGAUCUACCUCCGCUUGUUGCCGGGAGGGGUGCUCCAGAUGUACUACGAGAAAGGUCUGGAGAAGCCAUACAAAGAGUUCCAGCUCCUGCCUCAGUGUCGACUCUCAGAUCUCAGGGUGGAAAGUUACAGCGAUCCCCGGAAAGUCCUGACAGUCAAAGUGGAGCAUUUCUCCUACACGGAGAAAAAACGCUAUCACCCAAAGGUGGAGGUCAGCCACGAGGCGGAAGUGGAACAGCUGCUCAAGUUUGGCUCCACCGUCCAUGAGGACAUGGAGGAUUUGGUCGUCUCCAUGGAAGAGGAGAUCUUUAAACUGGGGGUGCCUCACCAGCAGAGCCGGCACUACGAGGAGCAGGAGCUGUCUCUGCAGAUCACCGAUCACAUUUGGAUCCAGCUGGAUAAGUGUGGGGAGGUCAUGGAGCGAUCAGCUUUCACUCAGAUUCACUGUCUGGCGUUUCUGAACGGACACGGGGGCUGUUUCCUCGCCCUCAACGACCUCGGGCUGCUUAGAUCUGACUCCAGCUACGGGUCCGAGGACAGCGGCGAGCUGUGGAUGGAGAUCGCCGACUGCCAUUUGCACAAAUGUGUUAACGAGAUUGAGUUUAAGAGGUCCCGACUAAUUAAGUUCUCACCUCCGGAUGCGUGUAGAGUGGAACUUAUGCGGUACAAAACUACAGCCUUGGGUUGCACGGAUAUGCCCUUCUCUGUCAAAGCUGUGGUCACAGUUCAAGGAGCUUAUGUGGAGCUCCAAGCUUUCCUCAACAUGUCGGGCCCCUUCCUGUCCUCCCUCAGGGCCUCCGGCGCUUACUUCCCGCUCUGUGAGAACGUGGUGAUCCGCGUGCCAGUCCCAGGCCACUGGGUCAGAGUGACCCAGACUGCAGGUUUACUGCGGCAGAGGUCGCUGAAGGCCAGGAUGAACCGGAACGCCUGCCUGGGCUCGGUCGGGGCUGCAGAUUCACAGCCCGUCAUGCAGGUGUCGAUCGGCUCCAUCAAGUACGAAAGUGUGUAUUCAGCCGUCGUGUGGAGGAUCGACAAGCUGCCAGCGAAGAACACGGCGGUGGACCACCCCCACUCGUUUUGCUGCAGACUGGAGCUGGGAUCCGAUCAGGAGAUCCCGAACGACUGGUAUCCUUUCGUCACGAUGGAGGCGGAGAUCAUGGGCGCGGUGGUGUCUCAGACCAAAGUGAAGUCUCUCGGCACUGCGAACGACAUCCAGCCGCAGAAGCACGUGACCAGCUGGACGCGCUAUCACUGCCAGGCCAAACUCUACUUGUCCAUAAUCGACGAUGUGAUUGACAAUAUGAAGGAGCUCUUCUUGGAUGAAGGGAUUGAAGAUCGGGUCUUGGAUGAUUUAAGACAUCUCUGGGAGUCGAAGGUGAUGCAGUCCAAAGCAAUAGAGGACCACAGAAGGAACAACAUCAACUCUUCAAACUUUGUGCUGCAGCUUCCAGCUGGUUACCAACAGACUGAACAGGAUCUUGCAGCUCCAGUUGUGAUUCCUGCAGCUCAGAACAUCAACAGUUUACCAGUCAAGAGGAAUUCAGGGACUCUUGCCACGUUUUCCCUCCCUGCAUCACUGGCGUACCCGGUUCAGAUCCCUGCUGGAGUCACCCUGCAAACCGCCUCAGGUCAGUUAUACAAAGUGAACGUUCCUGUGGUGGUUUCUCAGGCCCAAGCGGGGCAGCAGCCUGCAUCACACCCCCCACCCAGAGUCGCCGAGUGGGGAGACGCUCCAGCCCUUCAGCCAGCUGUGGUUCCACCUCAUCCCAUUCCUCCACAUGUGCCAGAGCUGCCUCCUCUCCCCGCCUCCUCCAUCACACAUCCAAGGCCCAGUCUACCGCUUUGUCAGGAGAGCAGCCUUCCCCAGAUAGACCUCACACUGGGAGAUAAUGAGCCAGCUCCUCCACCUGAACCUGUGAAUGUCUCCACCACUGCCUCACCCUGCACUCAAUUGUUAGACCUCCAGAUCCGUGCAGAGGAGGCUUUGGCACAAACGACAAAGAGCAGAGACAUUUAUGACAUCCUGAAAGAGGUGAUUGAGAAGGAGACGGAGAAAGUUGAAAGAAGCAGGGAUGGAGCAGCUGGAAGCUCCGGCGGUCGGUCUGAAGCUGCUCUUCAGCAGGACUACAGCGCCCUGUCUGACAUCAUUCAACUGGAUGGUCCAGCAGACAACUCUGACCAUGAGGACGAGGAGGUUCCCGUGCAGGAGAAUGACUUUCUGGGCUUGAUCAAUGCGGAGGUCAUUAAGGCCCUGCAGGAAGAAAAUGAAAGCAGUGACAGCAACAGCGUGUCCGGCAGCAGCAGUGGAGGAGUCGAUGAACUCGCUGAUGUAGAAGAAGGGGAUCCUUUGAAUUCAGGCGAUGAUGUGGUUGAACAGGACAUCCCGGACCUUUUUGACACCGACAAUGUCAUUGUUUGCCAGUAUGACAAAAUUCACCGCAGCAAGAAUCGCUGGAAGUUUCAUCUAAAAGACGGGGUGAUAUGUUACGGAGGUCGGGACUAUGUGUUCUCCAAAGCUGUUGGGGAAGCAGAGUGGUAAAGAGCUCCAAGAGAGCAAGUGAUUGUGGCAGGGGGGAAAAAAAGGAAACGGUGAUAAAAUGUGUAAAUUAAUUCUCCUUGGUUAUAUCAUUGGCUGAAAAGCUAAGUCAUAAAAGUAUAGUUCUCAUUUAUUAAUAUCAGAGAAAAAUUGAAGACUGUCAAUUUCUUUCUCACAUGAAAAAAGGCUUAGUUCUUGUUAGUCAUGUUUUCAUUUGUCAUUUUCUUAAUUUUAACAUUCUUUCUGCUUUCAAAUUGUUCAUUUGACAAAUAAACUGAUGCACUGCA